AGGGGAGCAGGGGUGAGGGUGUUUAUACCCGGGAGGGUAGGGGGUGAGGGUGUUUAUUUUGGGAGCGGCCCAGCAAACUGCGAAGAUGAGGUUGAAGGAUUUAACGCGCUGGAACACGCGUGUGUCGCUGGUCUACGCGAUUGGCAUCUGGACCAUGCUCGGUACCUACGCCUUCUUCCAGAUGAAGAGAAAGCAGGAGAAGGGAAUGAUCGGGAGCAAUAGCAUGAUCUCUGCAGAAGCCACUCUGGAGAAGGAAAACCAAAUGACUGAUGAGCCUAAAAAGAAAACUAAGAAAAACGUUGUAGAGACAAAUGUUGUUGUCAAGGAAGGUUUUAUUCCCUUUUCAACCAGAAUCUACAACUAUGGAACGUCUUUCUUUGACAGUUCAUCUGAUAAUUCAACAGAGAAAUGAAAUUCAGAAAAAUGACUUGUUCCAGCAGCAUUGUGAAAGACUUAUUCUUUGGUCUUCCUUGAUACACUGAGGACUUUUCAAAACACGUGCCCUUUAUCUGUAGUCCCGAUGCAGGGUUUCUGCCCGAAGUGUUGACAGUUCCUUUCCCUCCCACAGAUGCUGCUCGACCUGCUGAGUUCCUCCAGCGGAUUGUUUGUGGCCAUCAAUCUGUAAAGUUGCCUUGCAAUGUGCAAACUUCAGUUGACCACUUGAUAUCUAUAUAAUAGAUAAUAGAUGGACCUCUGUAACGGUUGCUCUGUUAUCCUGGACAGAGAUAGCCUGUUUUUAAUGAACAACAUCCAUUGUGUCUAGUCGGUGCUGACAUCUCCUGGACUGGGCCAUUGAGAGGACACGGGUAUUUACAGAUUGUUGAUGGGAUGUUGCUCCAAACAUUUUGGCAUGAAGGUUUAUCCACUAUAUUUUUGUAGAUAUACAAUCAAUCUGCAGAACACCAUUUUAUAAAUGCAAGUCCAUUUUCCUCCUUUUAUUCCUUUCUCCCAAGACAUGGGUGAUCUGCUGUCAGGACUCUCCACUGUUGCUUUGAAAUUAGCUAAUUGGAGUGGCUGAGGUGAUUGAUCCUUCCUCUUUGUCAAAAAGCCCAUUGCAUUUUAAAAGCAUGAUCGAAACCAACCCAGAUGGGAGUACUUCACGUUAGCCAUUACUACUUCUGGGGUGCAGAGUAUUACUUUCAUAUUCUACAGAAUGAUAAUUCAUUACCACGAUGCAUAUUCAUGAUUUCUGUUAGAAAGGUCAACUGGUGAGGAAAAAUUAAAACCUGUCUAAAGCUUUCCUGUCACUAUUAUAAUAAUAUUUUAGAAUUUUAAAGAAUGAUAAAUACAGUUACAAUUUGAUGAGCAGAACUGUUAAGUGCCUGUUGAUUUGAGCUCAUGUCAUUAAAUUGGGACCUUUUCAAAUUAACAACCUAACAAUGGUUUAAAAAUUAGAAAUCAAUUCACGAUGCACACUUGUGUAUAAUAUUCAUUUGUGAUGUGUCAUUAAAGAGCAAGUUCAGAAUUACAACUUUAUUUGAAAUUAUGAAGCAAUCACAUAAUCUGUUGUGAGAUGAAGUCAAUUGAAGAUGCUCCAAUGUCCAGAUUUAAUUCUGCACACGCCUGUAGUUCUGGAGUUCUGCUACCUGUGCUUCACCUUAUACAAGUAAUAAAGGUGUGGACAUUU